AUGGCUCACUAUAUAUCAUCAAUACAAUGGCCAGAAUCAUCAAUUAUUAAGAUUCAAACUUCAGAUGGCUUCCCAAUGAUACUUCACAAGCCAUUUUUGAAGCAUCGUUGGCUACUUUACAAUAAACAGCCAGAAUUAGCUUUACAGACUGCCCAAUCAUUAACAAAAGAUGAACUUCAAGCACUCCUUUUAUUCAUUUAUAGUAACCUUCCCGCAAAACUUUCUUACGUUAAAAUAUUUCAACAAUGUGGUUUAACAAACACAGCAAGCUUACAAGAUUCGACAUUUACAGAAGAUAUGAGGCAAAUGAUGAAUGAUACUGAAACAUUUGAUUUUAAAUUGAACGCAGCAGAAGAAGGAAAAUUUGUUCUUUGUCAUCGUCCUGUUCUUGCUGCUAGAUCUAAAUAUUUCAAGGCAUUAUUCAUUUCCCAUUCACUCGAAAACGAAACAUCCGAAUGGAGAUGCGCAAAACCAAUUCCUUUCAAAACUUUACAGUUUUUCGUUGAAUAUCUUUACACAGGACAAAUCAACGCACCAGAAAUCAUGCACAUAAUCCCUCUAUGCUGGCUCGUAAGGUAUUUGAGGCUUUCAAACGAAACAGAAAUUGAAAAUAUUGUAAUUUCCAACUUGUCACGCGAAUUAUGCGAUGAUAAUGUAGAAGAAAUAUCAAAGAUAGCAGAGGAGUGGAACAUUCGAUGCGUUAAAGGACUUGUUGAAAAACAUCAAUCAACUCAUUAA